CGUGUGCUGGAGUUUCCAUAGUAACUGCGCUGCAGCCGCGGUGGGAGUGAUGGCUCAGGGUCUCCAUCUCGCUUUUACUCGUUUAGGGGGAGCGGUGACCUCCCGGCUGAUUGCUGCGGCCUCCAGGUGUCCGCGCCGGAUACUCCUUGCCGGCGGUCGGCCUCUACCCCACGGCAGAAGCCUCUGGAGCGGCCGGAACAGGCGGUCUGCCGUCGGUGCGAGCCAGGCCGCUGCCACCCACUAUCAGCUGGUCUACACCUGCAAGGUGUGUAAUGAAAGAUCUGCCAAGCGGAUUUCCAAACUUGCUUAUCACAAUGGAGUGGUUAUUGUGAAGUGCCCGGGGUGUAGCAAUCAUCAUAUCAUAGCUGACAAUUUGGGAUGGUUUUCAGACCUCGAAGGGAAAAAGAAUAUUGAAGAAAUACUGGCUGCGAGAGGAGAAAAGGUUCAGCGUGUGGUUGGUGAUGGCUCUCUGGAAAUCCUGACAGAAGUAGUGAAUGAUAAACCUGGAGAUCCAGCUGAAGGAGAUGUUUCUAAGGACACAACGAGCUCUGGAGAGCAACUGAAAUCCUGAUACUGUUGCCAAAGUGCAACGUUUUGCUGAAGGAGAAUAGCACUCGGGACCUUGCAGUUGCCAUUUUAUAAGAGUUUGGCUGAACUUGAGGGGAAAGUUCACAAAUUAUACACUAACAAGCUUAAGAAAUUGCAGAUGGCACGUAAAGGCUGCAGAUUGUAUGAUCUACAGGAUACAGUAAAGAAAUUGGCAAAUGAUUCAACACCUUCUCUGGUCCAAAAAAGGACACGGGUAAUCAGGUCCAUGAAAAUACCAGUUGAAAGUCCACCUCCACACAGCAUCGUAAUUGAAAAUAUUCUGUCCUUAUGUCAUCAUCCUGGAGUCAAAGCAGCAACAUUACACAGGCCUACCAGCUUGGCCAUCUAACAGCUUGUUUGGGGUGAGUUAGGGAUGGACCCUGCCAAAUGCAUUCACAUCUGCAAAUUGAUUGAUAAAAGCUGGUAGCCAGUAGACUUCAGAGAUGCCUCAGAAGAACUAUGAAGAUAUAUUUUUGUAAUUGUGUAGAAUCCUUUCUUCAGAACAUAGGCACCUCAUUCAUAGAAAGAUAAUGGAUAGCAGGUUAGCUCGGUGAGUAAUCGUCUGAAAUCAUUCUACAGAAGCCAUUCAAAGAGAAAAAAAUGGACAAAUUCAGGAUAGAAUGGUGCAACUGUUUCCAAGUUUCUUUAAAAUGAACAUAAAAGAUUGAGAGGUUGCAGCGUGGACAAAGUAAUCCUUCUAGCUAAGUGAAGCAAUUAUUUUUCAGGCUGAUUGUAAAUAAUGUUUGUAAAUCUUUGUUCCUGGUGGAUUUUGUCAUUCUAGUCAGUUUUAGGUAAAAGGACAGACUUUGUUACUACAGGACCUGUAUUACUUUGUAGAGUUAUAAUAAAACAA